AUGCGGACUGGCAGCUCCAACGCCGCCGAGCGGGCAUACCAUGCCGCCGGCGGAGGAGGCAACCGGACCCCCGUGUCCGCGAGGACCCCCAGGAGGGAGCCCGGUAGCUCCAGCGCUGUCGUCCAUGCCAGCGGCGGCCAUGUGCGCGAGAGGGCUCUGCAGGACCCUGGCCUGAAGGACUAUAGGCUCGGCGAUUGUAUCGGCAAGGGGGCUUUCGGAUCCGUCUACAAGGCCUUCAAUUGGGGCACCGGCGAGGCUGUCGCUGUCAAGCAGAUCAAGAUUGCCGACGUUCCCAAGAGCGAGUUGCGCAUGAUAGAGGCCGAGAUCGACCUUCUCAAGAACCUACACCAUGACAACAUCGUCAAAUACGUUGGCUUCGUCAAGUCGCAGGACUGUCUGAACAUCAUACUCGAGUACUGCGAAAACGGCUCUCUGCAUUCGAUCUGUAAGGCAUACGGCAAGUUCCCGGAGAACCUCGUCGGCGUCUACAUGACACAAGUUCUCCAAGGCCUUCAGUAUCUCCACGACCAAGGUGUCAUUCACAGGGAUAUCAAGGGCGCGAACAUUCUGACGACGAAAGAUGGCACUGUCAAGCUGGCCGACUUUGGCGUCUCCACCAGCACGCUUGCUGGACCCGACAAGGAGGCUCAGGUUGUGGGUACGCCGUACUGGAUGGCCCCCGAGAUAAUUCAGCUCUCUGGGGCCACUUCUGCCUCGGAUAUCUGGAGCGUCGGCUGCACCGUUAUUGAGCUGCUGCAAGGGCGGCCGCCCUAUCACAAUCUGGCUGCCAUGCCGGCCUUGUUCGCCAUCGUCAAUGACGACCACCCCCCUCUGCCAGAGGGUGUCUCUGCGGCUGCACGGGACUUCAUGAUGCAAUGUUUUCAGAAGGACCCAAACCUUCGCGUAUCAGCAAGGAAGCUCCUAAAGCAUCCGUGGAUUGUGGGCUGUCGCAGGAGUGAUGCCCCCGUCUCCAAGAGGCCUGCAAAUUUCAGCCAGGCAGUCGAGGAGGUCAAGCAGUGGAACAAGGCCCUGAAAUCGUCAGAAACUUCCCUGAGAGCUUCCACGGGCUCGGACAGCAGCGCCCAGACUGCCCACGCACAGCCCGUGUCCAGGUUUACCGCUGCCGCGGCAGAUCCGCACCGCUCGAAUCUCGCAACACCUGGCAAGAGACCGCUGAGCAUCACAAAAUCUAAACCUAACCCAGACGCGUUCCGAUCUCCUGAAGUUGCCGAUGACGAUAAUUGGGACAAUGACUUUGCAACAGCCAUCUCGCCCAGCGCUCUCCACCUGCCACACCUCAAGCCCCAGGACAACUUCGGGGGCAAGCUUUCUGCCGAUAAGCUCAAGCAAUUCGCGUCCAUUGACGAGGCCAGCACUAGCAACAACUGGGAUGACCAGUUCGAGGGCGACCUACAGUCCGUCAAGGGCGCCUCUCGCCAAUUCUUUGAGCAAGACCCCCAGGAACAGACCAUUCGUCCCACCCCCAGAAGGUCGAGCAAGUCUACUGAAGCAUCAAGGACCCCACAGCAAGGACAUGGGCACCGAAGGACUAGGAGCAAGCAGGUGUCAUCAUCGAAUGUGCCCUUGCAAAAGCAGCUCACCAAGCCCGCACUUGGUAGCAAGUUCGAGUUGCCCGUGCGACCUGAGGCCAUCUACCGGGAGCAGUCCAUCGAGGACUUUUCGGAUUUCUUCCCUGAGGCGGAUAACCUGUUCAGCCGCAAAACCAGUCGUCCUAAAAAGGAUGAUUCUCAGCUGAUGCCGCCGCCCGAGCUCAAGACUCAGCACUCUCAGCCAAACAUCCAUAUCGUGCCCCCGUCCGGCGGCAGUGAUUCUGCCCGUCGCCAACGUGCUUCCUCACGGCCUCCCGGGCCAGAUGAACAGGCGCCAGUGAGGAGGACAAGGUCACAUAUAGAGAUCCAGAAGUUUGCGGAGGGCGAGGACGACGAGGACUUCUCUGAUAUUCUUGGUCCUAAUGGUACCUUGGUAGAGAAGGAAGACAGCGACCGUGGUUCUGAGGAUGGUGCGGGCGGCAUGAUGCUGCUGUCCAAGCUGUCGAACAGCUCAUGGCUCGGCGACGACGAGGACGAGGACGACCCAUUCGCCAUGAUGGAUCCUGAGUACAACGAGAUGGACCUCGAGGCCAACAUCGCCCGGGACCGACACGCCCGUUUAGCCGAGAGGGUUGAGGAGCUUGUGCAGCUGCUCAAAGUUGGGACCGAGAUUACAGGCGAGGAGCGGGUCUCUGAUGUUGCCGAGGAGCUUGUCUACCUACUGCAUGAUCAUGAAGAUGUCAAGGGCUUGAUCAUUGGCGCUCACGGCUUGCUGCCAAUUUUGGAGCUACUCACUCUACCACCUGACACCAUCAGCACAGCCAAGGGUCGCCAGGACAUGAUCUUAUGGCUGCUCAAGGUGGUCAAUAAGAUCAUUUACCGUGACAGAGAAUUACAAGAGAAUCUGUGUUUCGUAGGUGGCAUUCCUAUCAUCACUAAAUUUGCCGCCAGGCAGUUCUCCAAUGAGAUCCGUCUUGAAACUGCGGAUUUUGUUCAGCAGAUGUACGAGACGUCAACCCUCACGCUGCAGAUGUUCGUCAGCUGCGGCGGCAUCUCCGUGCUUGCUGGGUUCUUAGACGAAGAUUACGACAUGUCCCGGGAUCUGGUCCUCGUCGGAGUUAGCGGCAUCUGGAGAGUGUUUGAGCUUCAGGGUCCUACGCCCAGAAACGACUUCUGCAGGCUGUUCUCUAAGGCAAAAGUGCUUGACCCACUGGCCGAGAUUCUUCAUAGGGUGUUGGACGCGGAUGAGAAGGAUGAGCUGUCCGAAUUUGUUGAGGGGCGCAUCGUAAACCUCUUCUACAUGUUCUCCCAGGCGGACUACGAGGUCAAGGAGCUCAUUGCUGACCGCGCAGUCCUCAAGACCGUAUUGAAGGAUCUGGAGACCAUGACACCUACUCACCAAAUCACCAUGCUCAAGUUUAUCAAGAACCUCUCCAGCCUCCCAUCAACUGUUGAGGUGCUACAUUCUGCAGACGCAAUCGACUAUUUGAUUGAUCUCCUAGGACAUAGCCUAAAGAAGAACACAAGGCAUUUUAGGGAGAUUUCCAACCAGGUUUUGAACACUAUGUUUAACCUGUGUCGACUCAGCAAGGAGCGACAAGAGUAUGCAGCGGUCCAUGGCAUCAUCCCCUUGCUGCUGAAGAUUAUGAAAAUCGAUCGACCGCCCAAGGAGUUCGCACUACCAAUACUGUGCGACAUGGCUCACUCAGGAAGCAAAGGGCGUCGAUAUUUGUGGCAGAACAAGGGCUUGGACUUUUACGUGUCUCUGCUCGCAGACCAGUACUGGCAGACCACAGCUCUCGAUGCCAUUUUUGUCUGGCUGCAGGAGGAAACGGCCAAAGUGGAAAGUCAUUUGCUGGGUGGGAACUUCCCCUCUGCCAUUGUGUCGUGUUUCGAUACUUCAAAGGCCAAUGCCUUCGCUGCAUUCGACGCCACCCUCCUUGAGCCCUUGCUCAAGGUCUUCCGUCUGAGCCCUACCCUGGCUGCGUCACUGGGAAAGCCUGAGAUGUACAGGGGCAUUGCCACCAAGCUGGGCCACAAGAAGCCAGUCGUGCGGCUCAACCUCCUCCGUCUUGUCCGCACUAUCCUGGACAGCUGUGAACCAGACCUGGGUGUCAACUCCGUAGGUGGUGGUGCAGAGUUGCAGACACUAUUCGAGAAUAUCCAGAUGCUUGAGAAGGACCCAGCUCUGCUAGUGCGCAACCUCGCGCACGAGAUCAACAAGACACACAUCGAGGGCGAUUAUUUCGAAACCAAGAGCGUUGGCACUGGCUCACAGAACGGUGGCAGUGGGCGCUCCAGGUCAGGUGGAUCGAGGAGAAUGACAAGCUAUGCCACGUCUCCCAGUCUUGUACACUCGACUACUGCCCCUGGCGCUCCGCCGAGGACACCCACCCAUACACCGCAGCUACGGCAUACGGGUUCGGCAAGUGUCAUCCAACAGAUUGCCCACACGCCUCGACGUUCUCAGACAAGUUUGGUGCACGAGCAGGAUGCCAUGUUCGUCAGGCCUCGGAGCAGGGGAGCAGAUGGCGGGCUUAUGAGCCCAGCUGUCUCAACACCACGACGUGCUUCUGGUGAUGCCAACGCAGCGGGGAGAAGUAGACUCCCCAGGGGUUCGAUAUCUUACUCUCGCCCGAGCACGGCUAGUGGGCCAAGCCUGCAUCAUGGCAGGUCUGACAGCUCGCUGAGUAACAAGGAGAAUUCAUCGGGUGCGGCCGCCGGGAGGAGGGGCUCAUAUGUUGUCGGGGCAAGGAGCGGUAGUGGUGGCAGCGAGAGCUCCAAUGGUUCGCUGUAUCCACCGUCGUCACCUGCGGUGGAACGUGACAGGCCGAGCGGCGGCAUCAAGAGGCGGGGCAGCAGAGUUCCCAGCUCGGAGCUUCGGUAUGCUAACGGCGGUAGCUCAGCAAGAGCCGACGAUUCUGGAAAGUGCCACCGGACAUGCGAGGGAGAGCGUAAGGAGUCUGGUGGGAGAAGAGAUCAUGCCCGAUCGUCUCUCACUGAGGGCAGUGACGCGAUGGAAAGAAGUCCAUCCCCGACCAACCUCGAUCUCACCGGCUCCAAAUUGAAGGCGCAACUUGAUGCGAGCCGUCGGCCGCCCCAAUCCCACCAUGUUCGGCGCGUGGUCUCCUCACAUCUCGCGCCGAGGAAGAGCAGAGAAGAACAGCGUGAGCGGCCCAAGACGGCUGCAGGGACGAGGUCGUCACCGUUGAAAGGGCAGAAUGGCGACGUCAUGCCCCUGUCAAGGUUGAGCACGAGCCCGACCAAACGGUCGUCGCCUUGCCGCACUUCCCCAGCUCGCAACACAGGCGAAGAGGUUUGCGCAGCGCCUACGCCGCCGCCCUCCCGUGCAAACUCGACCAAUUCAGCGCGAGGCAGGGCAACUCCUCAAAAGGCGCCUGAUGAGGGAACUCCCACUGCUCAGCGGUCGUUGAAGUCGAGUCCUCAGAAGCGAACCCCAUCAAAGCUGAAGCUCAGAGACAGUCUGAGCCCUGUGAAGAUGACGUCUGCGUCAGCUUCAGCUCGCUCAUCGCCUGGCCUACAUGUCAAUGGCUGUGCAGACUCGGCAAAGAUGGAUGAUGGGUCGAGGCCGAGUGCUCGCGCGAGUCCACCCAAGAGGACACCGUCAAAGCUCAGGCUCAGGAGGAGCGCACCCGCGGUCGACCUUGCGAGCUUGAGUCAAUCUCCGUCGCCGAAAAGACCGGCCAAAUCGCCCCCUGCAGCUGGACUCGAGCGAGGCACAACCACCUCUUCUGCCCCACAACCGAUGCGCAAAGAAUGA